AUGCUCUCCCUGUCGAGGACGCUCGCGAGGCGGCUCUUCUCCACCGCCGCCGCGCCCGAGGGCGCCGCCGCCGCCGCCGCCUCGACGCCGCUGGCGAGGAAGGCGCAGAACCCCCUCGAGGAGUUCUUCGAGGUCGAGCGGAGCACCCAGGACGACCAGCCCGCGCCCCACUACGGUCGUGGCUGGAAGGCUUCUGAACUGCGCCUCAAGUCUUGGGAUGACCUUCAUAAGCUGUGGUAUGUCCUUCUAAAGGAAAAGAACAUGCUCAUGUCUCAACGCCAGAUGCUGGCUUCAGAGAGCAUGCGUUUCCCAAAUCCGGAGCGCAUUUCCAAGGUGAGGAGAUCGAUGUGCCGGAUCAAGCACGUGCUGACGGAGCGGGCCAUUGCGGACCCUGACCCGAGGAGGACCGCGGAGAUGAAGCGGAUGAUCAACGCCAUGUGA